AAACACAAAAAUUGAAUUGACGAAAAAGUGGGUUUCAGAGUUUUGUGUUGGAAACUGGAAAGGAAAUCACAUCACUUAACCAACGGACCAACGAACUCCAUCCCACGCCUUCCUGCUGCCGGGAGAGGAGGACUCUCAGGAGGAAGAAGAGGACGGAGACCCUCGGACCCGCUGUCCGCCGAGAAUUCAAUCGGAAAGAGAGAGUUUGAGUGGUCAGGGGAGAUCCACCAUCCAACCCCUAAUCUCUCCUUGCAAUGGCGCAUCAGAGAACCAAGGUUGUACUUGUGUUCCUCUUCUUCCUCUGCUUGCUGUCGCCGCCGUCAUUGCGGCCGCAGGGAAGAGCUAUUAUGAAAUACUGCAGGUGCCCAAGGGAGCCUCCGACGAGCAGAUCAAGAGGGCUUACCGGAAGCUCGCCUUGAAGUACCAUCCUGAUAAGAACCCCGGCAACGAAGAGGCCAACAAACGAUUCGCCGACAUUAACAACGCAUACGAAGUGCUUUCGGAUAGCGAGAAGAGGAGCAUAUACGAUAGGUACGGAGAAGAGGGUCUGAAACAGCAUGCCGCUACUGGAGGCCGAGGUGGUGGCGGCGGCAUGGGAAUGAACAUCAACGACAUCUUUUCCGAGUUUUUUGGUGGCGGACGCCCUUCGGAAGAAGAAGAUAGAAUCAUCAAGGGAGAUGAUGUAGUCGUCGAAUUGGACGCAACAUUGGAAGACCUCUAUAUGGGAGGCUCAUUAAAGGUUUGGAGGGAGAAGAACAUUCUGAAACCAGCACCAGGCAAGAGACGUUGUAACUGCAGAAAUGAGGUCUAUCACAGGCAAAUCGGUCCAGGGAUGUUCCAACAGAUGACAGAACAGGUCUGUGACCAGUGUCCCAAUGUCAAAUAUGAAAGGGAGGGAUAUUUCGUAACUGUUGAUAUUGAGAAAGGGAUGCAAGAUGGGCAAGAGGUGGUCUUCUAUGAAGAUGGUGAGCCUAUAAUUGAUGGAGAACCUGGAGAUCUAAAAUUCCGUAUCCGCACAGCAGCUCACGACCUGUUCAAAAGGGAAGGCAACGACUUACACACAACUAUCACUAUCACACUGGUUCAAGCUCUUGUUGGCUUUGAGAAGACUGUUAAGCACCUUGAUGAUCAUCUGGUGGACAUUAGCUCAAAGGGAAUUACAAGGCCCAAGGAAGUGAGGAAAUUCAAGGGGGAAGGGAUGCCUCUACAUUUCAGCAACAAGAAAGGAGAUUUGUAUGUAACAUUUGAGGUUCUAUUCCCGAACUCACUAACAGAAGAUCAGAAGACAAAGAUCAAGGCGGUUCUGGGCUAAGGAGGUAGGUAUAGAGGAUAUAUAAUUUUGUUUUUGUUUUGUUAGUUUAAAAUGUGUUCCAAUUGUAACAUCUCGAGAGACGUUAAGAAGGCCCUGAGUUCUUGUUUGAGCCCCGAGCCCCUCCUCUCCUCCUGAGUUCAGCUAACAGAGAAAACAUUUUAUGAUAAAAAGAUUAUUUGUUGUUGUAGUCA